AUGUCUGACCAUUUGGCUGCCUUCAUGGAGAAUGUCUCAGAGUGGAGAGGGAACUCUAAGUUCCCCAUGAAAAUCUGCUCUUCUCUCCAGGAAUUUGCUCCUGGGAAACCCAGGUGGACCAUCCACAACUCGUUUAUUCUGGAGGAAAUGAUAGACAGUAUUAGAAGCCCAACUUUCUAUACAGACAAUGUCAAAUGGUGUUUGAGAGUUCACCCUAAGGGCGUCGAUGAAGAAAGCUCAGAUUACCUGUCAGUUAACCUAAAGUUGCUCAGCUCUCCAAAGAGUCCCAUUACAGCACAGUUCAAGUUUUGUAUCAUAAAUUCCAAAGGAGAAAAUGAACCUAUGACUAGCCAUAAAACCUUUAGGUUCCUGCCAGGCUACCAAAAGGGUUUCAAAAUGGUCAUCCAUCAAGUUUUUCUUUUGGACCAUACUUAUGGGCUUCGCCAUGAAGACCAGUUCACCCUCCUCUGCUUGGGGAUGCUGGUCCCUUACUCCUACAGUAUCCCUGACGACAGCACGGAGCAGAGAAUCCAGGUUCCCAAAGGCCAAUUAGGAGUUGAUCUAGGACAGCUGUGGAAGAAUUUCAGCUUCACAGACUGCUGCCUGGUGGUAGCUGGCCAGGAAUUCCAGGCUCACAAGUCCAUCUUAGAUGCUUGCUCUCCAGUUUUCAGAGCCAUGUUUGAACAUGACAUGGAGGAGAGCAGAAAGAUUCGUAUUGAGAUUCAUGACCUGGAACCUGAAGUCUUCAAGGCAAUGAUGAGCUUCAUUUACACCGGGAAGGAACCAGUGCUCCGCAGCAUGGCAGAUGCUGUGCUGGCAGCUGCUGACAAGUAUGGCCUGGAGCGUUUGAAGGUCAUGUGUGAGAGGGCCCUCUUCAGGGACCUCUCUGUGGAGAAUGCUGUCCACACUCUCCUCCUGGCUGACCUCCACAGGACAGGGCAGCUGAAAACACAGAUGCUGAAUUUUAUUACAGCUCAUGGUUCCCAUGUCUCUCAGACCAGAGGCUGGAAGACGAUGGUAGAUUCAUACCCCCACUUGGUGGCUGAAGCAUACAGCUCCCUGACUUCUGCUCAAUGCAGUCUACUGGAGCCUUCUCUCAAAUGUCUGAAGCAAUACCAGGAACCUGUCACCAGUACGCUACACGUGUAUUCCAGAAGCAGUGGCCAUUGUUGAUACCAAUGACACCUGGGUAGACUAUGGGGUACAUGAAGC